UUCAAAUAUUUACAUAGGUAUGUUAAUUCGAAAUAUUCCUAUAUCCAAUUUUGACAACAAAAUUUCCCCUAAAUUGCAUUUUUCUCGUACAAUUCUUCUUUGCUUUAUUUCAACUGCUUUGUUUUUUGGAUUGGAAGCUUUACAUUUAUCAGUCAGUGGGCCUAUAGCUGUUUUGUUGACAGCUUUUUUGGCAGCUUUUGGUUGGGCUAAUGACAAUCCAAAAAGGGCUCGACCCGAAGCUAAAGCUCUUUGUUUAAUUUGGGAUUUAUUUUUUCUUCCUCUUUUAUUUUCUCUUAUUGGCUUACUUUUCAAUUUCUCAAAUGCCGCAUUAGCUCCGAUUCUCUUCGAUUUCAGCAAUUUACUAGCUAAAAAUAAUUCUCAAUUUAUUUUACAAACAUGUAUUUUAAGUAUUUUAUUUACUGCUCCAACUGGACAAUUAUUAAUUAAAAUACUUGGAGAAUAUUUAUUGUCAAAUGAUGGAGAAAAUAAAAGAAGUUCAAUGACAGCAACGGUUACCCCAACAAUUGAAUCUAAACAAAUUUAA